AAGCUGCCGUCCACCACGAGAUAGACGAGAUCCACUGACAUCGUUCCACAGUCACUUUGCUAGUCUUUUCACCCCGCUGAGAAGACUGAGUCGCUAUCCCAUAAGCUCUUUUCCCACAAACUUUCACUUGUUGAAACUUUCAAAAUGGACUACAAAGAGGACGUUGAAAAGUCUGGGGCCGGUGCCGCCAAGAUCCACAAGAUCAGAAUCACCUUGACUUCUCGAAAUGUCAAGCCCCUCGAGAAGUUCUGUACCGAUUUGAUCAACCGAGCCAAGGACAAGGAACUCCGAGUCAAGGGACCCGUCCGACUCCCUACCAAGCACUUGAAGCACACCACCCGAAAGACUCCUUGUGGUGAAGGAUCCAAGACUUGGGACCGAUACGAGAUGAGAAUUCACAAGCGACUCAUCGACCUCAACUCGUCAGCCGAUGUCGUCAAGCAGAUCACCUCUAUCGCGCUUGAACCCGGUGUUGAGGUUGAAGUCACCAUUGCUGGUGUGAGUGCAAAGACAGUGACCCAAGGAUUUGGCUGACCGUGUUGCAGUAAGCACCUCUUGGGACUUUUCU